GUCUGGAAGGAGCUUGACUAUGGCUCCAUGACCGAGGCAGAGAAACACAUGCUCGUUUCGGAGGUGAAUUUGCUUCGCGAGCUGAGACAUCCGAAUAUCGUCCGCUAUUACGAUCGCAUCAUCGACCGGAGCAGCACAACCCUGUACAUCGUGAUGGAGUACUGCGACGGCGGCGACCUGGCUAGCUUGAUUGCCAGGUGCACCAAGGAAAGGCACGUGAAGCGUUACUUAGAAGAAAGCUUUGUUCUCAGAGUAUUGACUCAAUUGACAUUGGCCUUGAAGGAAUGUCACAGACGGAGUGAUGGUGGAGUCACUGUGCAUCGUGACCUAAAACCAGCAAAUGUCUUCCUCGAUGGCAAGCAGAAUGUGAAACUUGGAGAUUUUGGACUGGCUAGAAUAUUGCACCAUGACACCAGCUUUGCCAAAACAUUUGUUGGAACUCCGUAUUAUAUGUCUCCAGAACAAAUGAAUCACAUGUCAUACAAUGAAAAAUCUGACAUCUGGUCUCUAGGAUGUCUCCUGUAUGAAUUAUGUGCUCUCUCGCCUCCAUUUAGAGCUUAUAACCAAAAGGAGCUGGCAGAAAAGAUAAGGGAAGGGAAGUUCAGACGAAUACCAUAUCGAUACUCAGAGCAGUUGAAUGAACUUCUCAAAGAGAUGCUGAAUGUCAAGGAUUACUGCCGGCCGUCUGUGGAAGAUAUUCUGCAGCACCCCUUGAUAGCAGACUUGGUGACAGAAGAACAAAGACAAAAUUCUGAUAAAAGAGGCUGGAGAUCAUGGGAGCCAGAAAGGCUGCAGCAUUCAGAUGCUGCUGUGAAUGAGCUGAAACGGAAGGAACAACAGUUACAGGAGCGAGAACAAGCCAUUAAAGAGAGAGAGCAACGUUUGGAACAGAGAGAACGGGAACUCUGUGUUCGAGAGAGACUGGCAGAGGACAAACUUGCUAGAGCCGAAAACUUGAUGAAGACCUACAAUGUCUACAAACAGCAGAGGGCGUUAGCUUGUGCAGAUGCUUCAGAUAAUGCAGCCCGGCACCCCUUUUCUACAACCAAGAAGAAAGUACACUUCGAUGGAAGCGAAGAGAAAGCUGUGUCUACUGCUAAUAUAGAAAACUGUCCCCUUUCCAAAGGGAAAUGCUCUGAUCUCAGAAAACGUCUAUAUGCUGCAAAUCUACGGGCUCAAGCGCUGUCUGAGCUGGAAAAAAACUUACAACUAAAGAGCAGACAAAUCUUGGGCAUGCGCUAGAACUGUGACAUAGAUGUACAGUAUUUAACUUUUUAGAGUU